GUUUGGGGAUUACAUCACUAAAUCGUCAGAGGGUGUCCAGUGUGAGCAAGCAAGAAGAGCACUAUCAAUCCGAGGUCGUUUCUCACAGCUGUCAGUCCUUCAGACAGACUCUGCAAGAACUACGUUAUCAAGAAAGGAGACACCACAGCCCCAUUGACUGGUUGGCACACAGAGGAAGACUGCGGGACGACAGACAGGCAUCAUGACACAGGGCAAGCUGUCACUUGCAAACAAGUCCACCAAUGGAUCCUCCAGUGGAGAGGCCUUAGUGCCACCAGCUCCUCCCAGCUAUGAGGAAGCCACGGCAGGCACCAGUGCUCCGUGCUACAAUGAUGUUGAGAUGCUCACAGAGUUCACCUGGGAUGAUCGCAACAUCAGGAGGGUCUUCAUCCGUAAGGUGUACGCCAUCUUGAUGAUCCAGCUUUUGGUCACCCUCGCUAUUGUGGCUCUUUUCACAUUCUGUGACCCAGUGAAGGACUACAUUCAAGCCAACCCUGGCUGGUACUGGGCCUCUUAUGCUGUGUUCUUUGUCACAUAUCUGACCCUGUCUUGCUGCUCUGCACCAAGGAGACAGUUUCCAUGGAAUCUGAUUCUGCUGUGCAUCUUUACCCUCUCGCUCUCCUACAUGACAGGGAUGCUGUCCAGCUUCUAUAACACCAAGUCAGUAGUGAUGUGUCUGGGCAUCACAGCAGCAGUCUGUCUCCUGGUCACAAUCUUCAGCUUCCAAACUAAGCUUGAUGUGACAUCAUACCAAGGCGUGCUCUUCGUCUUCUGCAUGGUCAUGUUCAUCUCUGGACUGGUGCUGGCGCUCGUCCUUCCCUUUCAAUAUGUACCCUGGUUGGACGCCACCUACGCUGCCUUGGGAGCCAUCCUGUUUACCAUGUUUUUGGCAUUUGACACCCAGCUCGUCAUGGGCAACAAGCGCUACACCUUGAGUCCAGAAGAGUAUGUCUUCGCCACUCUCAACAUCUACCUGGAUAUCAUCUACAUCUUCUCUUUCUUCCUCCAAAUCUUUGGAACAAAACAAGAGUAACCCAUUGCCCCACCUUUCUUACCUGAAGAGAAGGGAUGGGAAUUUAGACUAGAUAAGAGUCUUUUAAAAUUUUGGUGAUUGUGAUAGCAGUGCUUUCCAUUUUAUUUUAAUUUUUUUCUGCCUGAUACUGAUAUGGCCACAAAUAGGUUGUGAAUCUUUUGUACAGCUAUACAUGUACAUAGAUGUGCGUUAACAUUCACAUCCAAAAUAUCUACUGCCUUUCCCCUCUUCUUUAGCAUGUUGUGAACCCACGCCACAUUAUGGGGUUAGCUUACUAGCUUUACCAGCGAGAAACAAUCAGUAAUCUUCCUCCAUUUAACGUAGAUAAAACAUACUGUGAAUGUUCAUCCGAAGCUGUAUGGGUGUCUUCAUGUCCAUGCCUGCCUAGAUAUCACAAAUGUCCUGCAGACAAUAGAUGUCAGAGCUCUUUAAGAGAUCUAUUAUACAUUAUGCAUGACUCUUAAAAAGCCGUAACUAUACUAAGUGUAGUCGGCCUAUCUUUGGGCUGUUGCUGUGGGUGUUGAUUUUGUGACUGAAAGCACAACUUUAAUACAAAUGUGACUCUUCCUGUGUUCUCAAGCAUGUCUAAUGUUGUCUCAGUACUGUGAGUAAUAAGAAACCCCUUCACUGUUUUUGGAGGGUAGGGGAUUUUAUUUUGCUUUUGAAUGACAAUCUGAAAAUAUUAUAUUGGAUUUAGGAUGUAGCUACUCAUCUCUGCCUUGAUUUGUUACUCAUAUUUAUUGAAUAUGUGUUGGUUUUACUCCAUUUAACUCUGAGACUGUCAUUCAUUGCAUUCACAUUCUUGUGUUGUUUAUUAUUAGUAUGUUAUUUGUCUAACGUGUGUUUGAACUGGAAACGCCAACACUGAUUGUCGGCAUUAUAGUUUUUGGUCUUAAUAUUAAUUGAACCUAUUUAGUUGGUUUGAAGUGGUGACAAUUAAAUACAAACAUGACAGUGCCAAACAUGCAUGGAUUUACUCUAACUUUUGAUAAGGCCUGCAUUUGUGGAAGGGCUUGAAUGCUGUAUAUUUCAUGACAUUUGAAGUUUAUUUUUUUAUGACAGAAUGAUAUAUUUCAGAAAGUGUGUUAUAUAAAAUGGUAAGCGUGGAGCUUGUAAUUAAUUUGCAAGUCGUCUAAAGUGGCCUUGGAUUACCUUCAUCUGAUGAUACUGAUGCAGUGUAUUGUUUUCAGAGCACCCUGCAUUUCACCGGAGCAUUGGUGUUACUGUGUUGAUUUAUUAAAGGGUGAUUGUGUAUGAAUGGAA